AUGGGGUUUACGUGGACUACGAAGACGACUUUCGCAGUAUCAACAUCCUCAAUUCCGAUUGAGCAGCAAGCGACAACACUGAACCUUGGCUACAUGCAAUCAACCUACGGUAUUGUCUCUUUGAAUGAGACGCUUCCGCAGUACAUGGAUCGCAACUACACAUUGGCACCAUUCCGACCAUCUACUAACUUACACACUAUUGGUGAAGCGAGUGGUAUAUGGACCGCUCCGACGACCAAAUACUCUCUCGACCUUUAUUGUGAGGAUGUGUCACACAAGGCCGAUAACAGCACGACGAUCUCUUACGCCAGUAAUAGCGGCUGUAAUUUCACUAUUGGUUUGACUGGUAACGUGACGAAGGGCAACGUCCCUGGUUACGAAGGGGAAGCUUAUGCCAACAAAGAUUACGCCCGUCCAGAAGAUUCUCCAGAAGACGUCACUGCAGUAUUCUGUAAACCUCUCUAUUACCAACAAACAGUUAUGGCGACAGUGGACAUGACUACAAAAAUGCCACUGAAUGUGGAACCUUUGGCUGAUAAAGAACCAUUGCCAUGGCACGUUUUCAACACUACAAUGUUCGAGACUCUGUUGAACGCUGCCUCGUUGGGUCAGGAAGUCCGUGGUGACAUACUCCCCGCAAAGUCACUGCCCAGGUAUAUAGAAACCAUUGCUCGGGCUAGGCACGGACAGUUGAGUCUCAGCAGCGGCAGCCCUGGAAGCGUUGUUCAACCUAUGGUUGGUCUAGCUAUAGGUGCUGGUACUGAUACGCUGGAGAGUUACCUAGAAUGGAAGGGUCUUAGCAAAGCUUACGCGGAAGCUUAUCGGGUAUUGUUUGCCCGCGCAAUGGUCGAUGUUCUUGGAGACAACUUCUCAACCUACGAUUCAACUCCCGGUCAGCAACGAGUCACCAGUGAGGCAGUCGUACUGGAACCGGUCUUCGUAUACAUCGUGGAGGGCCUACUAGGACUGAUUUCGAUUGCCACGAUUGCUCUGCUUGUACUGUCUUUCAUGCGAAAGAGAUCGCUUCGGACGAACAUGGGCACUAUCGCCAGUGUCAUGUCUAUUGUCGCAGAUAACGAGCCGCUACUCUCGGAUUUUGCCGACUUAGACUGCUGCCCCGUUGAAGACAUGGAACAGAUCAUCGGAGAGAAAAGAUACAAGUUAAUCAACGAGGAUUCACAGAUUUCAAUUAUAGAGAUCGACGAUCGCAUCGACUUUGGUGCUGGACCCCAGCUACUGGCUUCUAGGCAACGCCGCGACACACCAACAAACAUCGCAAAGCCAGUCCGACCGAAGGAGUUCAGUCUAUGGGUCGCGAUUCCCUUCAUAAAUCUCUUCAUCAUCCUCGCAGUAGUACUUGGUGUAAUCUUUGCGAAGGCGCGAGCUAACGGUCUUCCGUUGCCUUCCUCUAACACAAUAGUCCAAAACAUACUUGAAAACUACAUACCGACAGCUUUUGCCACUCUUAUUGAACCAAUGUGGGUUUUGAUCAAUAGACUUCUUUGCAUGUUGAAACCUCUAGAAGAGCUUCAGGGUUGCAAGGCCAAAGCAAAGAAGUCUAUUGAUCUAGACUACAGUUCUCUACCUCCACAACUCGUCAUAUUCAAGGCUAUCAAGUCCAAGCAUUUUAUUCUCGCUGCUGUCUGUGGCAUGGCGCUACUGUCCAACGUGCUCGCGGUCGCUUUUUCCGGUAUCUUCAAUCAAAGCUCAACUGAAGUACGACAGCCCCAGGCUAUGACCUCGAAGUUGGAUCUCAAGUUCGUAAACAUCAAUGGAAGUGUGGGUCCUGAAAGCUACCUGCAAUUUGGUUCCCAUGAAUCAUCUGGUGCAUACGAAGGAGGGGACGGAGAAGACCAGUUUCUGAUCGCGGAGUCGAACUACACGAGAGGCACACCAUUACCAGCAUGGACAGACGAUCGGCUUUUCUAUCAACCUUUCUCUUGGACCAACGAAAGUGGGAAAAGCGUCAACAACUCAGAUAUUCCCCACGUGGAAGCAACAACUAAAGCUUUUGGCGCCAAACUCGACUGUGAACAGCUAGAGCUUGGCAAAGAUUCUCACGCAAGAAUUGAAGUCGGUAGUUCUAUACGUGCGUCCGUCAACGUUACAGUACCCACUAAAGACGGCGAUGUUCGGUGUAGCAGCCAAAGCCUCGAGCUGAGGCCAGGACCUAUAAGUGCGAUACCCACGUGUCUUACAGGCCCCAGUGCUGCAGAGCUUGUUUCGAUUCUCGAGCCCCGUAUCAAUGCAACACAACGUGAGAAAGAUGCUUGUAUGGGCACCGUUGUCAUGGGCUGGUUGCGCGAACCGCAGGGUUUAUGCCCUCUUGGUAGAAAUCUGACUAUUACCAAGAGCAACUCGAUGUUCGUUCGAUGCCGUCCAAGACUGCAAAUGGGUACUGCAACGAUUCGAGUUGAUGGAGCUGGUCGCUUGGUACGAACAGUGCAGAACGUCACCGUGACAGAGGUCGGCACAUCGAAUGAUACACUUCAGGAGAUUUUUACCAACGAGCCCAUCAACCUGAUAGGUCAAUCGAACAAAUACCUGUUCAAAUACAACGCGAACGGUUGGCACAAUGACAGCUUCGCCGACGACUUCAUGAAUUAUUUCGUCAAGAGAGGCAGCAAUAGCAGUCGCCUGGUAGACCCAUCUCUACCUCCGCCGACCUUCAAAGAUAUCUCGAAGCCGCUGGGCGAUGCUUAUUCAAGGCUUUUCGCCAUCUGGCUUGGUACAAACAAGGACCUGCUGCUUGUAAAACCCGAUACGCCAGCACCCAUCCUACAAGCAUGGAAGAUCGAACAGAAACAGCACAUUUUUGUAUCGAUGCCUAUGUUCAUAAUUGCAGAGGCUAUCCUCUGCAUUUACGCUGUGGCUGCCCUAUCUGUCUAUCUGCACCGGCCGGGCCAGUAUCUUGCGCGAUUGCCCAUCUCGAUAGCUUCUAUGAUUGCCCUGUUUGCUGCUAGCUCUGCUGUACAGGACUUGCAAGGCACAUCACAUCUCGACAAGAAGGGCCGUGCCCAACAUCUCGAGGCUAUCGACUCGAGGUACGGAUAUGGAAGCUUCGUUGGUGCGGGCGAUGGCCGUGUCCACAUCGGCAUUGAGAAGACUCCAUUUGUGCGAGUGAGGUCUAAGACGACCUGGUUAAAGAAAAAGGUGGGAUAUUGGCGAAAGGGAUCGACUAGUUGA